GAUGUCUCCCCCGCCUCCCCCGCGCCCUUCUUCCACAAGCCUAAGUCAACUUAUCCGUGAAGAACGCGUCGCCUCUAAUCCCUCCCCACCUAGGCCUACCCUUGCCCCCGGUAUCGACUCGUCACCGGUGGCGCCCCUGGUGGUCCCCGAUUCCCCCCCGCCGCCUUCGUGCGAUACGGAGAGGGAUGGUUCCUACGACGAGGACGCUGACAUUAUCCCCAGUUCUCUCGUCCCUUCUUCCUCUUCUCCCCCCCCGCUUUCUUGUCCCCGCUCUCCCGCUCGAGAUUGGUCUCCCCCUCCGCGGUUGGAUCGGUCGGUGUCCCGUGACCACGAGGUUACUAAUGAUAAUAAUAAUAACAGUCUCCUCCCCGACCCCCCGUCCCCUCCUCCUGCGCACGUGUCCCAUCAACAGCUUGAACGGGAACGCGAGGAGCAACUUUCGGGUUUCGCUGCCGCUAUCCUAACUGAGUUUGCCCCCAAGAUUAUUGGAAGUCAGUCCGAAUGGUCCCGCGUGGAAGAAGUUUUCGACGCCUGGGUUCUCGCCAUUUCCAACGCCAAGUCCAGGGUGCAUGAGAGUGCUGGCGGUAGAGUCGCGAAUAGGAACUUUGCUCGCCCCCCUCCGAAUGCGGCUAACAAUCAAUGGCAAGCGGCUACUAAUAUCCAAAGGGCCUACAAGCGUAAUCCGGCUAGCACUUUCCGCCGUAUCGCUAACCCUGAGGAGACCAAGUGUUCCGCUUCCAUUGAAGAUAUGACCUCUUUCUUUAUUGAAUCGGUCGCCCCUCCUCCUCCUUCAUAUCAGUGGUCUCCCGACAGGGAGUUUCUUCCGGCCGCGGCCCCACCGCCUGACCCAGAAGACGUUCAACUCGCCAAUGAAAUCCCCCCUGCUCUCACCCCCGAUACCUUUAACUUCGAAAGCAGGGCCAUCGACGGCAUAGAAUUGACCGACCCUAACCACCCCUUGCUCCGUCCCCAUCCCGCGCUGAGAUUGUCGGCCAGCUUAAGCGAACCAACAACUCUGCUCCCGGUCUUGACGGCAUCACCUACAAGGAUCUUAAGAAAUUCGAUCCGAAAGGCUUAA